UUUAAUGUUAAUUUUUGACAAAUUAUAUAUAUUUAAAUGAUCAAAUAAAAUUGAUAAAACAUGCAAAAAAUAAUUUUCUAAGUAUUGCUUUAUUUUAUUGGUAAUUUUUUUAUUCUUCUGUUCUAUUUUAACACGUGCAGAGAAGUGACCGAUCACGUGGUCAACACGUGUUUACUCUCUUUCGAUUGUGAUCGACCAAUAAAAAUCUCUAGCGGAAUGAUACCGACAAACUGUUGGUUUAUAGCAGGUUCCAAGUUAGAAUAUAGAUGUAAUGGUUUGAAUCCACUCAAUAUGACGCUACCAAAGUGCAAAUUCCGAACUGAUUGGUUGAAACAAAAGGACAAGGCAGAUUGUACAGUAGGAUUAUGGGCAACUGUACGUUCAGACACUGAUGUAUUUUGCAAAGUAUGUAAUUGCAUAAUACAAGUAAAAAAAGGUUUCCAAGCACUUUUUGAUCAUGGAGGUACUGUCAAACACAGACAAAAAUUUACCUGUGCUUAUGGUCCAAGACAGUUACACCUGACAUUGGUUGCACCAGGUGAUAGUUUUGCAGGCCCAUCAAAAAAUGAUGAAAUUCCAAGUAAUACUGAUAAUGGGACUGGAGAAGGAUUGGCAACUGUGAGUUUAUAUAAUCCAAGAGAUGCUGCAUACCAUGCAGAACUGAUAUGGGCCAUGAAAACAAUAUGUAGUAAUUUCUCAUUUGCUGCUUCUAAUAAUAUGGUUCCAACACUACAAGCAAUGCUUCCAAAAACUAAACUUCCUGAAGGAAUAUCAAUGAGUGAGAAGAAAUUGCGCUAUUUAAUAACUGAAGCAUUGGCUCCCUACUUCCAAAAAAAAAUGCUAGAAGAAAUCCACUCUUCAUUUUUUACAGUUACUUAUUAUGAAACCAUCAAUGUGGAAAGUAAGAAAGAGUUACAGAUAAUGAUUAGAUUUUGGUCUGAGCAAAAAGAACAAGUUGUCUGCAGACACCUAAAUACAUGCUUUCUUGGACGGGCAGAUGCAGAAACAUUGCAUACAUACAUUAUCAAAGCUAUCGAUGAUGCCAACCUGUCACUACACAAACUUUUGAUGAUAGGAUCAGAUGGUCCUAAUGUUAAUCAAAAAGUGUUACGACUUUUUAAGGAAGAUAUACUGGGAAUUCGCAAGAAAAGUAGUUUACAGAAACAGAAAAAAAGAGCAGAAGAGGAAGCACAGAAAAAUUUUGAAGAACAUCAAAAGAGAGCUAUUCAUGUCAAGGAAAAGAUUAUGGCACUGCAGCAGAGUUUAAAACAGAAAAAAGUAGAAGUGAAAUACACGAGACAGGCCAGGUUUUGUUAGAAGCAGCAAACAAAAAACUGGAGAAGGCCAUUAAUAGCAAGAAUAUGAAUGAAAUACGGGCAGCACAUGUCAUGCUUGCUAGUGUUAAAAGUGUUCAAAAGCAAGAGGAAGCAAAAAAGAAGGAAGUUGAAAACAUUCAGAAAAAUCUUAAUAAAAGAACAUCAUCUUUCUUGACUGAUUAUUUACAGAAGAAGCCAAAGACUUAUUAAGUAUUCAUGGUUUACUGGAAAUAUUACAGUAUAUACAAAAAGUUUUAAAAUGUAUUUAACCAUAACAAUAAAAAUAAAAAACUUUUACUGCUAUUUUGCUGAGUUUUCUUUCCAUGUUUUCACUUUGUUUUGUCACUACAGGUAGCUCUCAGUUUACACCGCAGUUCCAUUCCUACAAAAUCCGGCACAAAUGAAAUCAGCGUAAAAUGAACCCAUAUUUACAGUGAGGUAUAGUGUUAGGAUCUACAUAAGUGAAAAAUAAGCAAAUAAUUUUGUUUAUUAAUACAAUAUAAUGCAAAAUACAUAUAAGUUUAAUUUUUAAAACGUAUUUUAUCAUAAAAUAAAGUGAAAUGUUUUUAUUAAAAAAUUUUAGUUUCGGAUCUCGUACAUUUUUUGGAAAGAAGUAUUCAUCUUUAAUAACCUUUCCUACACUCGAUGAUUAAAAAAUUAGCUCACAAGAAUAAUUUAAGAAUAAUUUAUCAUUGUAAUCCUACGAUUUAUAGAAUUCUACAAAAUGAUAAGAAGAAAGGAAACCGUAACAAUAGUACAGGAGUGUAUUCUAUUCCUUUAAGUGACCACUGUUUUAAUUCAGAUCUCGUUUACGUUGGUGCCACUAUGAGACUUUUAAAACAGAGGCUUAAAGACCAUCUUUAAUUGUUUACAUUUUUGUUUUCUUUCAUUGAGAAUUUCGGAAUAUGGUCGAAUAUGAUGCUCCUUUUUACAUUUGCACUUCUCUCCCAAUCAUUGUCUAACUCACAAAGUUCAUCCAUCAAACUUUCCAUUGUUGAAAGGAUACAUUAACCCGACAUAGAGCUACAGACAAGCGGAGACACUGAUUGGUCGACCACUGGUUGCCAUAGCCCAUAUAUAAGGUCAGUUUGAGCAGGAAAAUUGAAGGUGGCUAAGAAGAGAUAGAUAUCGUCUGGCCAAUGAAAAGUAGAUUUGUCUCACUAAUGAUGAUUUGUGAUCGCUGGAAGUGCUACUGCGUCGUAAAGUGUUUUCCUGAACGAUCUGAUACGGGAUACAUUCAUUGGCACUAUUGAUUCAGACACCAUUUGUUGGACUAUUAAGUUUAAUAACUUGACUCGUGGGUACCUAAAUGUUUAGUAUUUUAAUAUUAAUUUAAUGCAAAUGUAUAUAUACCCAAUAAUAUUAAACAGAAAAAAUAAAUAUAUUUAAUAAAAAUCUUUGUUUUAACGAAUGUACAAUGUCGCGGUUCAGUAAAUAUGUCAAUACUGAAAUGAAAAUCAGUCUAGCAUAGGGAAAAUUGGGGAAUUACACUGCAAAAUAGCAAAUUGCACAGCGGCAUUAUUGUGAAUCGGUGUAAAUUGAGCUGGCGUAAACCAAGGGCUACCUGUAUUGCACUCACUUUUUCUGUAUUUCAACUCACUUUUCUCACUUUUUCAGAGGGGAAAUGGCACUCCCAGGCCUGUAAUUAACAUAAUUAAAGUAAUUUAAAAUUGUAACAUUCAUUUUGGAAGAUCCUGUGUGUUAAUAUCUAAUAAGGAAUUCCAAUAAAAUUCUGUCCACUGGGUAAACCUUAUCAUACUCACAAAUACAAAGUACAAUAAUUAAUUUAGUUUUCUCUCUAAAUUCUGUUUUCAUUAUUUGUUAGCAUUAAUGAAAGUAGACAGUUAAUAAUUAAAGCAUAAUGAAUAUAUGAAAAUCAAUACUUAACUUGUUAUUCAAUGGUAAUAGUUUUACAUAAUGUUAUUUGUUAAGCAAAAGCACAUAGAAAAAUCAUGCUGGCUCAUAAACU